GGUAACGCAUCUGAGAGCAUAAUCCAGAAUGAAUGGAAAGAUGUUCAGCCCAGGAUUCACUCCUUGGGCAGUAGUAACCCGGGCCACAACUCACACUUGCCUACCUAAGAUGCUCUGACAAGGGAGAACUAAGGAGCCUCAAGCCCAGAGGCGAACAGUAGUAGUUGUCUGGUAGCCCUUUCUCUCUGCGUCCUCCAGCUCCACUCGUAAAGGUUGCAGCCGCCUCUGAGCUAAAAGGGAGGCAGGCAGUAGCAGCAACAGCGGCGGCAGCAGCAGCAGCAGCAAAGGGGAAGGUAGGAGUAACUUCCUCCCGCUCCGCACCCAGGCUCUGAGCCGGAUAUUAUAGUCUUUGGUUGUAGGAGGAAGACCAAAGAGCUGUGUCCUCGCGGCCGGAGUUGGGUUAAUUUGGUGUCUUUCCCUACCCUACUCGGGGAAGUACCGAAAUAAGGUACCUCAAUCAGGAAGCCAGCAAGAAGAAAGUGAAAGAUCACCAUGUCUGUAAUUGCAGCUUUCUAUGGUGGCAAGUCAAUACUCAUCACUGGAGCCACAGGCUUCAUGGGCAAAGUGUUGGUGGAAAAACUAUUUCGUACCAGCCCAGACUUGAAAGUCAUCUAUAUCCUUGUGCGGCCCAAAGCUGGACAGUCUCUGCAGCAGAGGGUUUCCCAGAUGAUCAACUGUAAGCUUUUUGAAAAGGCCAAAGAAAUUUGCCCAGAUAUCUUCGAGAAGAUCAGACCUAUUUAUUCAGAUCUCACAAAGCCAGAUUUGGGCAUCAGUAAGGAAGAUUUAGAGGAGCUCCUGUGCAAUACCAAUAUCAUCUUCCACUGUGCAGCAACUGUUCGCUUUGAUGAUCCACUAAGACAUGCUUUGCAACUCAACGUCAUUGCCACCCAGCAACUUCUGUUGAUGGCCAGCCAGAUGCCAAAGCUUGAAGUCUUCAUCCAUUUCUCCACUGCCUAUUCAAACUGUAACUUGAAGCACAUUGAUGAAAUUAUCUACCCAUGUUCUGUGGAACCCAAGAAACUGAUUGAUUCAGUAGAGUGGUUAGAUGAUUCAAUCAUUGAAGAAAUAACACCCAAGUUGAUUGAAAAUAGACCCAACACUUAUACAUAUACCAAGGCCUUGGGAGAGAUGAUGGUGCAUCAAGAACGUGGGAACUUAAAUGUUGCCAUCAUAAGACCAUCCAUCGUUGGAGCUAGCUGGCAGGAGCCUUUUCCAGGUUGGGUGGAUAACUUAAAUGGACCAAGUGGACUCAUUAUUGCGGCUGGAAAAGGGUUUCUACGGUCCAUAAAGGCCACUCCAAGAGCUGUGGCAGAUGUAGUCCCAGUGGAUAUAGUUAUUAACCUCACCCUGGCAGUAGGGUGGUACACUGCAGUUCACAGACCAAAAUCCAUUUUAAUCUAUCACUGCACAAGUGGAAGUCUCAAUCCUUACUUGUGGACAGACCUGGGAGUUCAUGUCUUAGCCACUUUUGAAAAAGCUCCCCUUGAGAAAGCAUUUAGGAGGCCAAAUGCUGACUUCACAACCAACAAAUUCUCAACUUACCUUUGGAAUACUAUUAGUCACAUGGCUCCAGCAGUGAUGUACGACUUUUAUCUUCGUCUCACAGGAAGAAAACCCAGAAUGGCAAAACUUAUGAAUCGCAUGUUGAAAACCAUUUCCAUGUUGGACUAUUUCAUCAAUCGCAGUUGGGAAUGGAGUACAUACAAUACAGAAAUGUUAAUGUCUCAGUUGAGUAAUGAAGACCAGAAAUUAUUCAACUUUGAUGUGCGCCACUUGAAUUGGUUGGAGUACACUGAAAACUAUUGCUUGGGAAUUAAGAAAUACAUACUGAAAGAGGAUAUGGCUGGGAUUCCUGCAGCAAAGCAACAUUUAAAAAUGCUCAGAAACAUUUACUACCUCUUUAACACAGUGCUCUUCCUCAUCAUCUGGCGCUUUUUCAUUGCAAGAUCACAGAUGGCUCGGAAUAUAUGGUACUUCGUGGUGAGCCUCUGCUAUAAAUUUCUUUCCUACUUCAAGGCAUCUAGCACCUUCAGGCACUGAGAACAAUAAAAAUUUACCCAUCUUCUGUUGAGCUCCUCGAACACAAAAAACUGUGGCUAUCAAGCAUUAGAAAUCAUGCAGGAACUUGUCCUUUUACAGGGCAUAUGUAUAUGUAGUCACACAUUCAUCUCAACUCCUAUAUUGUGCUGUAUCUUCCAGAGGAUGCCUAGUGAAAUAAAACCUCACUGCAAUCUCUUAAGCCAUAAUCAUGAAUUUUGCCAAAAAAAUGAUCCUGGAAUAAUUUUCCAAUACUGUAUUUGAAAUUUCUAUGUGUGGAACAACAUAAUUUCUUUCUCCCUUCUAACUUUGAUGUUUUUUCUGUACUACAUUUUGAUGUCAAGCACAAAAUAUAUACAAGAAUAGAGUUGAAAAUGUGAAUUUUUAAGAGAAAGGUUACACUGUGGCACCCUUCUGGGGAUUAAAUUUAAAAGUUAAAAAUAAAAAUAGGCAGAGGAGAGCAUAUUCUCAAUUCACUAACAAGUGCUACAGGAGAAAUUGCUAACCUUUUAAUUUUCUCUUAUUUCCUCUCAAAUGUGAUUAAUAUUUUCAAGUCCUGGUAGAAAAGUUUUUCAAUAUUACUAAGAAAAAGACACGUCUUUGCAUUUGGUAUACAGGUUUUAACCAAGAUUCUGACUUUAUGUAAUUUGGAUUUAAAUACUAGUAUUCAAAUUCCUUUUAAUCACUACUCCCAUAGCAGUUUAGUACUUUUUUAAAAACUCUCUUCCCUAGCCUUUCCUACUAUACCACUGUGCUAUCUAUAACUACUUUCUCUAAAUCCUAUUUAUAUUUAAGCCUGUUCAGUUGUUACUUCUUUUUUUUUUUUUUUGCAGGGCAAUGAGGGUUAAGUGACUUGCCCAGGGUCACACAGCUAGUAAGUGUCAAGUGUCUGAGGUCAUAUUUGAACUCAGGUCUUCCUGAAUCCAGGGCAGGUGCUCUAUCCACUGCACCAGCUAGCUGCUGCCCCCACUUCAGUUAGGCCAAAUGGUGGGAGUGGUUUUCAAAGAUAUAUCUAAAAAACAUGUCCCAACUGAAAAUUGUGAAAUAUUAUAAAGGUAUUAAGUAAAGCAGGCUUUGAAACUAAGUGUUUAGUCAUAGUUCUUAAGGGAGGGGAAAGGGUAGAGGGAGCAGGCACUUAUUCCACACCUGCUAAUUGAAAAUAUUGCUCUAUUUAUGAGUAACCUGAUAGGACUAGCUGACCCAGUGUUAAGUGGACUAUGUAUAGAGGAAGAGGUUACAGUCUUCAGUAAUAAGGGACAUCAAACUACCUUUGGGUAUAGUGAUAGGAUUUGGGGUUUUUAAA